AUGGUGCAGGCUAUUAAACUGAGUGAACUGGGCAACAGGAAGCGUAGGAACGAUCCUGUUAACGAGGACGAGGAGUCUGAGAUUGAUAUCAGCAGCACGGACUCUGAGGAGGAGAAUGCUGGGGAUGAGGAGCAAGAGAUAGUGAACAUAGACUUUGAUUUCUUUGAUGGGAACCCCGAUGUAGACUUUCAUGCGGUGAAGCACUUGAUCCGCCAGUUGUUGGGUCCGCAGGAGAGCAACCGUGUUCAGCUGAGUGCGCUGUCUGAUCUGAUACUUUCCUCGCCAACCACUACCAUCAAGACGGACGGUAAGGAGUCUGACCCGUACUGUUUCCUGUCCUUCAUCAACUACAAGGAGAACAAGGACAGCGACUAUGCGAAGUACUUGCGGAAGCUGGACACUAGGAUUGAGACUUUCCUGCAGACGCUGGACAACACGGGCAACAAGAGCUGUGCGCUGGUGAUGAGCGAGAGGCUGAUCAACAUGCCACCAGAGGUAGUCACGCCGCUGUACCGCAUCACCAUGGAGGACGCGGCAGCAGCAAACGAGGGCAAACCGUUCGACUUCUACGUGAUAGUGAGCAGGAAGUACGAGGUCAACUUCGAUAUGGACGAGGCAGAAGGAGACGCCAGCGCCAGGUCGAAGAAGAGAGUCAGGGGCAAGAGCGAGGUAGACUACUUCCACGAGGAGGACAGGUUCUUCGAGAAGCACGCCAAAGUGCACUUCGAUGGCGAGUCCAAGAAGGGCCUCAUCGCAUCAUACAUCAUUAUAGACCACGACAGCCUGGUGAAGAGCAUCAACGAAUUCGAACAGGAAGUAUCCACCUGGUAG